CUAAACAAUCUGUGUUUGGGUUCAAAGCACAUGCUGAGUUCCAGGGAUAAAACCUGACCUAGAGGCAAAGCAGGAUCAAGAACUUUUAUGAGUAAUGGCAAGCACUGAACCUUGGGUUGGGACCUGGAGGCCCCACAAGCCAAGAGGGCCCAUAGCUGCCCUCUAUGGUAGUCCAGGACCCAAGUAUGCACUACCCGGACUCACAGGUAUUUCUAAACACGACCCUACCAAAUACAAAGCACCAAUGUUCAGCUUUGGGACACGUCAUGACCAGGCCACUGCUGAUUGCUCGCCUGGACCAAAAUACCUUGUCCCCUCCAAUAUCACCAGGGAGGGUCGAGACGGCACUCCUGCGUUUUCACUCCACAGCCGUCCAAAGGAGCCAGGAUUGUUCCAGGCCCCUGGACCAGGCAAUUAUUCCCCAGAGCGUUCAGGAAAAUCAAUCUUCCGCUCUGCUCCUGCUUAUUCUUUAUCUGGGAGGAGCAAAGAAGGCUGCAAUAACCAAACACCAGGUCCAGCCUCCUACAGUCUGCCCCCUGUGCUGGGGCACAAAACUGUGGCCACAUCUGCAGCUCCCACAUACUCACUCUGUGGUCGCAGCAAAAUUGGAAGCUUCCAUGAGGACCUAAGGAAGACUCCUGGUCCUGCUGCCUACAAAGUUGUGGAUCCUUGUACUUACAGGCAAAAACCUCCCCAGUAUAGCAUGACAGGCCGCAACUUCUCACCUGGUGAAACCACAAAGAAACCAGGACCUGGUGCAUACUAUCCAGAGCGGGUGACCUUCACAAGAGCAAAAGCUCCAAGCUUCUCGUUUGGACUGCGUCACUCGCAGUUCAUCUCACCCCUUAUUGUAGAUGUGCCAGAGUUAUAGCCCCCUUCGUAUUGGUACUUGUCACCUUGUCAGGGUUAUAACCACUUUCAAGUAACUGAAUAAAAAAAAGUCACUAAACAGCAAGAA